UCCUGCGAGGCACUCUCUGGGUACCGCUGCCUCCGGCAGCUCCCGCCGCCCGGCUCCCUACUGCCUGUUUGGGGAGCGGGGACUCGUUUGGCCUUAGCGGUAACGAGGGCUGGUGAUGGGCUAAAUGAGCCGCCCGCCUGCCUGGAUGCUUCCAGGAGGAGAGGGAGAGCCCCCAGCCCGGGCUUAUCUCCGGAGGGUCCCUCGUUGGAGGGAGCCCGGGAUGCCCGCUCACGGGCAUCUCUGCUGUGCCACUGACCCGCUCCAUCGCCCGCUCCCACCCUCGCUGGAGCCUGAACCACUGAGCCGGGAGCGCAGCUCUGGCCCCCCUUCCCCCCUCGCUUUAAGCCGUCUUUUCCUGGAAGCGGCCCGGCGAGCGGCCGGCCGCCUCAUUUAGCUCGUUACUGGCCAUCGGGAUGCGCAAAGCAAAGCAGAUGUUGCUCCUGCAGAUUAAAAAGCUCUCAGCGCGGCCGCCCUCGUUCCCGCUAAUGCCUUCCCAGAAGUCCUGGCCCGCGGCCCCGCCGGCUGCAAACAGGCUCUAAUGAGCUGUGCUGAGCUCCGUGCGGGGGCCGGUGUCAGCGGGCACCGGGGCACUGCGGGCCCGGAGUCCCCAGGGCUGAGGAGUGGAGGAGCUGGGGCUGGACUCGGCGCUCACCUGGGCCUUGGGAAUGGAAGGGGCUGCCAAACCUGCCUCUCACCCAAGAGUCUGUCCAGGCGUGUGGGGUGCAGGAGGCAUCCAGCUGCUGUGGCAGGGGAUCCUGACUGGGUGUUGUGAAUCGGGGGACCCAGAUGGGUGGUGAGUGUUUCCAGCAGCCACUCGCAGCUGGAGAAAAUGACACAUGGCAGGUUGUCCCCCAGGACCAUGCUGAACGUGCUGCUGCUGUGCUGUGGGCUGCUGCAGGGGAUCCAAGCUGCCCUGGAUCUCAGGACUGCUGACCUCAGCUGUGGCCACCUGCAGAAGGCGAGCGGCGGGCUGGAGCGGGUGGACAGAGCCCGCCACACCAGCCUGCAGCGGAAAGUCACGGAGGUGCCUGCGGAGCCAGCAGGAGCUCUCCCAAGGCUGGGGUUUGAGCAGAUGGCUCUGGGCAUCCAAGAAGCUGAUGGUGACCUUGUGCAGAAAAGCAGCCUGCUGGAACCACAGGCAUCAUCCACAGAGCUGCAAGUUGAGGGCCGUGAGGAGCGCUCCCCCCGCCGCUGUGUCCGGCUCCUGGAGUCCUGCAUCGGCCAGAUCCCCUGCUGUGACCCCUGUGCCACCUGCUACUGCCGCUUCUUCAAUGCCGUCUGCUACUGCAGGAAAAUCAGCACCAACCCCCCCUGCAGCAAGAACUAGCGCCCGUGGGGCUGCCAGCUCCUCGCCCCUGUGUGUGCCUCCUUCUCUGCAGCUCCAAUAAAGCAGCCCUUUGCAAAAGC